AAGUGCAGGAGAUAAUAUCUCUUAGAAAACCUGCGUUCGGAGCGCAGCAUGAUGCACGAAGCAGACAUUGAAGGUCCUGCCCACUUGUACCCUGAGCUCAAUUGGAGCACCUCGCUAGAAAGGGCAGACUCAGUUGGCCAGGUCCUUGCCAUGUCAGAGACUAUGCCUCAUGAGCCAACGUACACCAACUUCCAUAUUCUCCAGGACCACAGGGAGACGGAGACCAUCUACAACAACUGCGAUAUCCACCGGCAGAGCAGUGGCCGGGCAGGAAGAUCCCAAGGUUGUGGAAGGGAGAUUUCGUGUGGAGGAUGGACCAUUGUUUUGGGAAAAUCCAUGUGGUUGAUCAUCUUUUUUCUCGUGAUGUUUGUUCUGCUUGUGGUUUGCAUUUCGAGAAUUUCGAGGGUGGAACAGAACGUUAGCCCAGUUAACACGACAUUAAAGACUGAACCGAACAAGGAUCAAACUAUGACCUCAAUGAUCCUAGAUGCUGUGGAACCGAUACAGGAGGAAAUAAUGAGCGAACUCGACACAAUUCGAAAAAAUGCCUCAAUGAUCCUAGAUGCUGUGGAACUGAUGCGGGAGGAAAUAAUGAGCGAACUCGACACAAUUCGAAAAAAUGCCUCAAUGAUCCUAGAUGCAGUGAAACUGCUACAGGAGGAAAUAAUGAGCGAACUCGACACAAUUCGGAAAAAUAGGAAUUUUACUGAGAAACAAUGUUUGACGAAAGGACAAUGUUAUCGUUUUACAUCAAAACAGUCUGACCUGAACAAGACAGCUGAAGAAAACAAUGGAACACAGUCUGCAAAGCAGGAGAAUAAGCCCUGUAUUGAUAUCCAGUGCGAGGUGACAUCGGUUAACAACACAGCCACUGCAAGGUGCGUGUUCCACAAGCAGCUGAUUCCAAGGGAUCUGGUUUGCUACACGAUGGAACCUUAACCAACGUGG